CCCCAAAAUGAAGUUCUUAGUGAAAAGGGGGAUAGGUAGCCUAUUUCAAACUUUUAAGCGAUAGUAGUAGACUCACUAUCCAUAAACUUGGCAAAUUCUGUAACCUGACAACUAACGUUGUUUUCCAAGGACGCGGUUGUAUUUGUAUGUUUUUCAAAGUAAAGGAAAGGAUACAUUUCGCAUCCAUUCGAACCGCUGCAAGGCAAGCUACAACUUCCAACAAAGUUUGCGUUGACAUUUCUGGAGAUUCUGCAUGCAGGAGCUUCUGUGAGGUUUCUCUCUACUGACGGACUGUGAGGUGAAAGAAGAGUUGUCUUUGUGAAGAACCAGGAGGAAGGGAAGGCCGGCCAGUGAUCACAUCCUGUCCUCUUCUGGAGAAGCUGUAGGCCAGUACUACUACAGUACGACUACAAUACUCUGAUGGCAGACAGACCCAUUCUACCCCUGUUGCUUCUGGCAUUCUGCUGCUCAGCAUUUGCAGGCCUGUUGUCACGCAGCCCGUGUGAGCUGCUGCCAGUCGGCGUAGGCCACCCGGUGCAGGCCCUGCUAAAGAGUUUCACAGCCCUGUCAGGCUGUGCCUCCCGCGGCACAACAGGACUACCUCAAGAGGUCCACAUCAUCAACCUGAGGGGCCACGGUCCUCAGGGGCCAGACCGCAAGACUACAGAGGUGGAGCUGCACCUGAAGCCCAUCCAGUCCCUACUGGUGCACCAGAAGCCCCUGGUGUUUGUGCUAAACUCCCCCCAGCCUGUGGUCUGGGACAUCAGGACAGAGAAACUAGCCCUGGGCAUCAAACACACCUUCCAUGUAUCUGAGGGAUCUGAUGUCCACUUCCCUCCAGGGAACUUCUCCCUCCACUGUCAGGUUCAGAAGGAGGUGCUUUCCCAUGGCAACGAGCACCUCCUCAACUGGGCCACCAAGAAGUACAGAGCCGUCACCUCCUUCUCUGAACUCAAGAUCGCCCUGGACAUCUACAUUAAAGUGGGAGAAGACCCAGUCUUCUCAGAUACCUGUAAAAUCGACAACAAGUUCCUGUCUCUGAACUACCUAGCCGGCUACGUGGAGCCCCAGCCCUCUAAAGGCUGUGUCCUGUCUGGACCAGACCAGGACCAAGAGGUCCACAUCAUUGAGCUGCAAGCACCCAACUCCAGCAGUGCAUUCCAGGUGGAUGUGAUUGUAGAUCUGAGACCACUGGAGGCAGAUGUUCCAUUGAAACGUAACGUCGUGCUGCUGCUGAAGUGUGAGAAGUCUGUCAACUGGGUCGUCAAGGCUCACAGCGUCAUCGGCAAACUGGACGUGGUGACGUCAGAUACCAUCAGUCUGAGCCCCAACACAGAGAGGCUGAUGGAGGUGUCUAAGACCCCCAAACACCACCUCCCAUCUGGCUCUCAGGCCCUGAUCAAGUGGGCAGAGGAGCAUAGCUAUGGACCGGUCACCUCCUACACCCACACCCCUGUGGCUAACACCUUCAACCUGAGGCUCAGGGAGCCAGAUGUGCUAGAUCCCCUGGACUCCGUGUUCCUUCCAGACCUGUCUAUCCUGUGGGACACCAACCCCCUCCUGUCUGGUGGCCCAGGGGGUGCUGCCUCGCGCUCCGGUGGCCUGCCCUUCCCCUUUCCCCCACCCAAGGAGCAUGGCCUGCCCUGGCUGGGAGGGGAGCAGGGUGGGGAGCCUGAGGAGCAGCAGGGGACCCUCAGUGUGGGGCUCAGUGUUCAGUGUGAGGAGAACAGGAUGGUGGUCAGCAUCGACAGAGAGAGUCUGCAGGCCAGUGGUUAUGGUAAUGCCAACCUGACUCUUCAAGACCCAGAAUGCAAAGCGACGGUUAACUCCACCCACUACACCCUAGAGACGCCAUUGGAGGGCUGUCAGACCACCAAGUACCCCAUGCACCCCAGCUCUAUGGUCCUCUACAUCAACUCAAUCCUGAUAAGUCAUGCUGAGCCUAAGGAUGGGAGUGGUGGUCCCCCAGAUGACGAGGAUCGAGAGUCCGGAGACGUGACCUUCCCUGGGGAGGCAGAGGAGCUGGAGAGGGCUGCUUUCCUGGAGCACACCACGGAUCCUGAUCACAGAUCCUCCAUUCUGUUCAACUGCACCUACAGGAAGAACCAGAACACCCUAGGAGGAUCAGGAUCAUCAGGAUCCUUUUCCCACUUCGCCCCGGCAGCUAAGGAACCAGUCAGAACCGACGUGAUGUUCAACAUGGAGCUGUACAGCAGCCAACUCUUCCGCUAUCCAUCAACCCAGGCCUUCCACACCGUUUCCAAAAAUAAACAGGUCUUUGUAGAGAUUGGAGCCUUCAAAGUCGACCCAGAGCUAGGGUUCAUGAUCCAGACCUGCUUCAUCUCUGCCAACUCCAACCCGAACAUCCCGUCUUACUACACCCUGAUCGAGAACAUCUGCCCUACGGACGACACGGUCAAGUACUACCCUCAGAGAGACCUCCCUAUCCCCCACUCCCAGACUGACAGGAAGAGGUUCAGCUUCACCUUUAACUCACCCUUCAACGAAUCGUUGCUGUUUCUGCACUGUGAAAUGUCUCUCUGCUCCAAGAGACACCACAACAACCAGGGACAGGCUAUGUGUAUCCAACCGGACGAGGCGUGUACGUCUGUCAACGGAGAGAUCAUCCUAGCCAUGAUGAUGAACGCCAAGACUUCUACCAAGACCCUGGUGGUGGUGGAAGGACAUGUGGAGAAGGAGGAACCAGUGCCUCCCACCCGCACGGCACCACAAGGCCCUCCUGACCCACCAGGGGAAACUGUUUUAUAUGUGUUGGACACCCCGACCGUGGUUGGGAUCGCCUUCGCCGCAUUUGUGAUUGGGGCCUUGUUGACCGGAGCCCUGUGGUUCAUCUACUCUCAUACAGGUGAUACAGCUGGCCGACAGCAGGCCCAGAAGCCCCAGCCCCCAGCCUCAGAGAACAGCAGUGCGGCCCACAGUAUUGGCAGCACACAAAGCACGCCCUGUUCCAGCAGCAGCACAGCGUAGCCUUGGGGCCAGUCCGGGGCCAGCGGAGAAGGAGCCCCCCACCCCUCCGCAGGGCCACAGGAAGGGCCACACGGGUCACAGGGAACUGGGUUUGCUAACAUUUGUUUCCCCGCUCGAUGAAAGGAAUUAUUUUGGGAUGCUUUGUGAAAACAAAGAAGAAGAAUAUAUUAAAAAAGAAGAAAAGAAGACAAAAAAACAACAAAAGGAUUUUGUAAGAAAAAAAAAAUUACCUGAUGAUGUCGCUGGUUAAAUUCGAUGUGUACCAUUUUAUUUCAACACAAGUCGUUAAUGUUUUGUGACAGAGCUACUGUACUGGAAGGACUGGUCUGAAGGGGAAAUAGUACUAAUACCACAGAAAGGCAACAAGGCCUCACAUCUCUAGAGCGAUAGAACUCGAGCUACGGACAAGAAACAACUGUUAGUGAAAUACCAGCCUUUUUUCUUAUCCAAAUGCUGCUUUUUCUGCAACCACAACAGAGAAUUUUGUUUUGACCUUAAAUGUCUAGUUUAAGCUGUAAACAAGCUAGUGUACACCAAUAGCACUGGAGACAGUAAAGCUGCCUGUCUGCACACAGCAUCUGUGAGUGUUAGCAAGACUAGUGAGAGGAACAACAUGGCCGUCAACCAGAGUGCCUGUUAACCCCUAUCGAAAUGCUAUAUGAAUAAGAGAUGCUACCUCCUAUCCACAUGCUAUAGGAGAUGGCCAAAUCAACCAGUUGAAUCAUAGAGCAAUAGUGUGAGAAGGAGCCUCUCAGCAGUCUCUUUUCCCCUCAAAGCCAGAUAGAGUAAAGCAUCCUGCCAUGUGCUAUUAAUCACUUGGAAUCUGAAAGGACUUAAUAACCAAGAAAGAUAUAUACAUAGAUAGAUAGAUAGAUAGAUAGAUAGAUAGAUAGAUAGAUAGAUAGAUAGAUAGAUAGAUAGAUAGAUAGAUAGAUAGAUACCAAGAAAUGUGAAAGACAAAAGUAAUGUGAAAGAUAUCUUGAUGAACCCUGUUUGCGAGCCAGCUAGUCAUGAUAAUCGGUCGGGACUUUGGCAACGCAUCCAUCUAAACACACUUGUUGUUACAACAUUGAUGACAAAGUAUCAGCAGUGUGCAUUUGGUCAUAUUGAGUGAUGAUUGCUUUGCAGUCCUUAGUCUCAAGUUUGAUUGGUGUUACACAGCUUGGCUUUCGGCAGUAUGGGUUUCUCUUAUACUAUAUAGAAAUAGCCAUUGUAAAGCUAUAUAUAUAUAUAUAUAUAUAUAUAUAUAUAUUUUUGCAACUAUUGUAAAUAAUCUAAAAUGUUAUAAGGAGAAAGUCCAAAUAUAAUGUGCAAGUUUGUGUGCAUUAGAAGCCUUAUGCAUAUUAUGUUGUUAAAUAAGACAUGGUAAAGUGGCUAUGUUUGGCCAGUAUUCCCAUAUAUACUUUAAUGUUUUAUGUUUGUAUCCACUGUGAGGUAACUAAAAUGCUACAUGCCGCAGUGUUGGAUCAUAAAUAUAUACAGUAUUGUAAUUGGGCAUUACAUUUGGGGCACAGUAAUUGGGCAUUACAUUUAAACCACAAAAACAACGUUCUAUUCUAUCUGGGUCCGACACCACUAGACCUUCAGCAGUUUUCAUUCUGAUUGUACAUAAUAAUGUUGUACACAAUUUCAUACCAACAUUUACAUUAUUCAAAGCAAAUAAUUGAUAUAGUUGAGAUUGUGGAAUGAAAAUAUAAGCCAAAAUAGUCAUUGUCUGGUUUUGCUGUUCUAAUGUUCAGUAAAUCUGACUCAGAUUUUAAAUGUUCAAGUUUAUUUUCUGUAUGUGAUAAAUACAUUGUCAAUCUUACUCACCAGGGCAUGAAAUAGUUCAACGUUGCCAUAUACUGGCGCCAUCUUGUAAUCUUAAAGGUGUACUUGUUCCGACAAACAUUCCGCAUCCUGAUUAUUUACGCUCUGGUGUCAUGUUCAAAAUGUAUUGUUUCUCUCUGUGUUUAUAGACAUAUUUAUUUUAUUUUUAUUUUACCUUUAUUUAACAUGGCAAGUCAGUUAAUUAAGAACAAAUUCUUAUUUUCAAUGACGGCCUAGGAACAGAGGGUUAACUGCCUUGUUCAGGGGCAGAACGACAGAUUUUUACCUUGUCAGCUCGGGGAUUCGAUUUCGCAACCCUUCGGUCACUAGUCCAACGCUCUAACCACUAGGUUACCUGCCGCCCCAGUAUGGGCACUUAGAUGUACAUAAUUGUGUACAUAAUUGUACUAAUAUGGCUGACCCUGUAAAACAACACAUUUCACUGCACCUAUUCAGUGUAUGUGACAAUACAUGUUUUUUUUAUGUCAUGUGCCAUGCUAAUGCAAAGCCAAAAGAGUCCCACCGUCAUAGAAUCCAUGAAUGUUCUCUGGUGUGCCUUUACUUUUAGUAUUUGGGGGGUUUGAAUAGAAAAAUACAUUUUAGGAGAAAAGGGAUGGUUUGUACUAAUUUUACUGUAUGUUUGGAAGUGUAAAAGAAAACCCAAUACAUUAGGUAAACGUAAUUUGCAUUAGACCCUACUUUUAUGUGUUAAGUGUUUUAUCUCAAAGUUUUGAGCCUGGGUUGUAUGUAAACAUGUGUAGCUGUCUCCAGAGAAGAAAACAGAGUAUAAAUAUAUUUGUGGAUAAAAUUAUAUAUAUUUGAAAGUAUUUACCUAGAGACAAUCUAUUGUUGACUCUUUGAGUACUGUGAAUUUUUUUGUGUUGUGCUCUUUCUAUUUUUCAUAAAUGUGCAUUUGGAAAGUA